GGCUCUGUCCUUCUAUAAAGGAAUCCUCCCACCAGUUCUGGCAGAGACACCCAAGCGAGCAGUCAAGUUUUUCACAUUUGAGAGAUACAAAAACCUGUUUGCCUAUGGGGACUACCUUUCACAACCUGUACUGUUGAUCCUUGCAGGGCUGUUUGCUGGCUUUACAGAAGCUGUUGUUGUUAACCCAUUUGAGGUGGUCAAGGUGAAACUGCAGGCAGAAAGGAACAAGUUCAGUGAGCAAUCAAGUACAAUAAAGACAGCCAAGGAGAUUGUGGCCAAAGAUGGGUUUGGUCUCAAGGGUCUCAAUAAAGGGCUCACCGCAACACUGGGUCGACAUGGUGUCUUUAACAUGGUCUACUUUGGCUUCUAUCACAACGUCAAGGGGCUAGUGCCUGAGCAAAAGGAUCCUUUAAAAGAUUUCUUCCGUCGGUUUGUGAUUGGGCUCAUGGCCGGCACAUUCUCCUCCAUUACGAACAUUCCAUUUGACGUGGCCAAGAGCAGAAUUCAAGGCCCACAACCUGUACCAGGGCAGAUCAAAUACAAAAGUUGUUUCCAGACUUUGGCGCUUGUAUAUAAGGAGGAGGGCUACUUUGCCUUGUAUAAAGGACUGGUCCCCAAAGUGAUGCGUCUAGGACCUGGUGGGGCAAUUAUGCUUCUUGUCUACGAGAAUGUGUUUGAGUACUUGCAGAAGAAGUUCUAA